UGCACACGCGGGACAGACACCCCACACCCCGCGGGGGCACCGGGGGGGGCACCGGGGGGGAGGCGCAGCCCCACGGCCACGUGUCCAUCUCCCCGUGGCCCCGUGUCCUCAUGGCCCCGUGUCCCCAUGGCCCCGUGUCCCCAUGCCCACGUCCUCAUGUCCCCACCUCUCCAUGUCACCACAUUCCCGUCACCACGUCCCCAUGUCACCCUGUCCCCACAUCCUCAUGUCCUCAUGUUCUCAUGUCCCCACCUCCACAUCCCCAUGUCCACGUCCGUGUCCCUGCAGGCCCAUGUCCCCACUCCCACAAUCCCGACGUCCCCAUGUCUGUGUCCCCACAUCCCUAUGUCCCCAUGUCACCCUGUCCCCACGUCUCCACGUCCCCACAUCCCCACGUGCCCAGGUUCCAACGUCCCCAUGUCACUCUGUCCCCCGGUGUCCCCACAUACCCCCCUUCCUCCCUCUGCUCCCGGGAUCAUUUCGGGGCCAGGCAGGGCCCGUCCCUGGGCUCUGCCCCUCCCAGGGGGUCCCCUGAGCGCCGUGUCCCCCCAGCCCGUCCCGCCAUGGGGGGGCUGCUGCAGGCGCUCGUGGGGGUCUCGGAGAAGGCGGCGGAGCUGGCGCGGCUGUGCCGGCGGGAGGAGCCGCUCUUCCAGCUCCUGGUGGCCGAGAAGACGGGCCCCGACAGGAACAGGAGGUUCCUGCAGGACUUCAAGACCCUGGCGGACGUUCUCAUCCAGGAGGUCAUCAAGCACGACCUGGGCAAGGAGUUCCCGGAGCUCCAGGGCCACAUCCACGGGGAGGAGUCCAACGAGUUCAGGGACGUGCAGGGGGGCACGGUGGCCGUGCGUGUCUGUGCCACACGGGAGGACACGGUGGCCCUGCUGCUGUCGGUGCUGGGCCCCGAGCAGGCGGCGGCCGAGCUGCUGGCGGACGCCGUGCACCGGGACGUGGUGCUGGGGGAUGUGACGCUGGCGGGCGCCGAGCCCGGCGUGUCCCCCCGGGACCUGGCCGUGUGGAUAGACCCCAUCGACUCCACCAACGAGUACAUCGGGGGCCGCGAGGACGUGCCCCCCGUGGAUGGCAUCGCCCCCGCCGGGCUCUGCUCCGCCCUGGUGCUCGUCGGGGCCUUCGACCGCCUCUCAGGCCGCCCCGUCCUGGGCGUCAUCAACGAGCCCUUCUUUCGACGGGACCCAGAGACCCGCAGGUGGCAGGGCAGGUACCACUGGGACGUGGCCCACGGGGACACCCGGCUGUGCUCGUUGAGCCCCCCCGACCCCCACCCCGUGCCCCGCGUGGUGCUGAGCCGGGCGGAGGGGGCGGCCGUGCGGGGGGCUCUGGGCCCCCUGUGCGGGGGGCGCCUGCACUUCGCGGCGGGCGCGGGGUACAAGAUGCUGUGCGUGAUCCUGGGGCUGGCGGACGCCUACGUGCUGUCCGAGGGCACCACCUUCGCCUGGGACGCCUGUGCCCCCCACGCCAUCCUGCGCGCCCUGGGCGGGGGGGUGGUGGCCCUGGAGGGGGCCCUGCGAGCGCGGCGGGAGGGGCGCGCCGGGGACCCCCCCGAGCUGGUCUAUAACCGCCCGGCAGAGGGGGCGGGGGGGGCCGAGCGCUGGGCGAACCGGGGGGGCCUCGUGGCUUAUCUGCACCCCCAGCACCUGGAGGCCGUGCUGGGGGCACUGGCCACCGUGCCCGGGCUGUGAGCCUGCGGCCGAGACCCCCGCGGGUGGGUAUGGGGGGCUGGGACCCCGGGGUUAAGGGUUCGGGAUGGCUGGGAUCCGAGGGUAUGGGGGGACUGGGACCAAGGACAGUGGGAUGGCAGGGACCCCGGCGUGGGAGGUCAGAGGGGUCUGGGUCCCUGGGGUGUGGGCUCAGGAGAGGCUGGGACCCCAAGGUGUGGGGUCAGCACUGUCUGGGGUGCAGAGCAGAGGGUCUCAACGACCUUGAGGUGCAGUCACAGGGUGACAGGGACCAAGGGCAAGGGGAUGGCAGGAACCCCGGGUUUGGGGUCAGAGGUGUCAGGGAUCCCAGAGUGUGGGGUCAGGGGGCUGAGACCCCGGGUUUGGGAUCAGGGGUGUCAGGGACACCAGGGUACAGGAUACAGGGGGACAGGGACUCCGGGGUGGCCAAGACCCCCUGACCGAGGGCAGCCGGGACGGGGUGGGAGCUCUGAGUGCCGGGUCCCCUCGGUGGGACCCCCCGUGUGUCCCCCCCAUUAAA